AUGUAUGAAAGUUUAGGGUUGAAAAUAACGAAAAUUCAUAGAGCUAUAACAUUCCACGAGUCUGCAUGGUUGGAACCAUAUAUUAGGCUUAAUACGGAAUUGCGUACGAAGGCAAAAAAUGAUUUCGAGAAAGACUUUUUCAAACUGAUGAACAAUARCGUGUUUGGAAAGACAAUGGAGAACAUACGGAACAGACAGGACAUUAGACUAGUAACAAAUGAAAAACAAGCAGCGAAAUCAGUAAAUCAACUAAAUUAUAAGAAACGAACAAUAUUCUCUGAAAAUUUAGCUGCUGUUCAUAUGGGUAAAACAGAAUUGGUGUUUAAUAAACCUAUAUAUGUAGGUAUGAGUAUCUUAGACCUAUCUAAGAAUCUUAUGUAUGACUUCCAUUAUAAUUAUAUUAAGAAAAAGUAUGGAGAAAAGGCUCAACUAUUAUUCACGGAUACCGAUUCACUGAUGUAUGAAAUCGAGACAGAUGAUCCUUAUGAAGAUAUUAAAGAAGAUAUUGAGGAUAAAUUCGAUACUAGUAACUAUCCGAAAGACCACUUAGGAGUAGCAAAAUUCGUUAAUAAGAAAGUUCUUGGUAUGAUGAAGAAUGAAACAGCUGGUCGUGAAAUAACAGAAUUUAUAGGUCUUAGAUCCAAACUAUAUGCGUAUAAAACAGAUGAUGAAAGAGUUGGAAAGCGUUGUAAGGGUGUUAAAAAAUCAGUCGUUAGUAGGGAGAUAUCAUUUGAUGAUUAUAAGAAAUGUCUAUUUGAAGGACAACAAACUAUGAGAAAGAUGAAUGUAAUAAGGAGUCAUAAACAUCAAAUAUACACAGAAACGGUAAAUAAAAUAGCCUUAUCGAGAGACGAUGAUAAACGCGAUAUACGAGYAGAUGGUAUUCACACAUAUGCUUAUGGAUAUAAAAAUAUUGAUGAAUGA